UUUAAUGCCCUUUGCGUGUCUUUUCGAAAUUUCAUCAUGGCCGUGACAGUACCUAAUUUCCUUUACUUUUUUCGAAUAGUCAGUGGAACUAAUAUUGUAAAAUACGUUUAUUUGUUGAUGAGCAUAGCUUCUUUGCUAUGCGGUCGUUCACAAGGAGAUUCUAGAGAAUUUAAAUAUAUUACUUGUGGGAGUGUUUUAAAGCUAGUCAAUCCAAAGCACAAUGUUAGACUCCAUUCCCAUGAAGUUAAGUAUGGCUCUGGAAGCGGACAACAGUCUGUUACAGGAGUGGACAGUGCGGAUGACGGAAACAGCUACUGGGUUGUGAGAGGGAAAAUGGAUUCUCCAUGCAAAAGAGGGACUCCUGUUAAGUGUGGCAGCACAAUAAGAUUACAACACCUGGCCACUAAACGCAAUCUUCACAGUCAUCACUUUCAGUCACCAAUUUCUCAUAACCAGGAAGUGAGUGCAUUUGGUGAAAAUGGAGAUGGGGAUGAUUUGGACAACUGGUCUGUUAUUUGUCCUUCAAAGUUUUGGGAACGACAGGAUAAAAUUAGGUUCAAGCAUUCAGCUACUAAAGUUUAUCUGCAUGUAACUGGAGACCAGUUUGGCCGGCCCAUUAGUGGUCAAAAGGAAAUUAGUGGUUAUAGUUAUCCUGAAACAGGAAAUGAAUGGAAGGCAACGGAGGGCAUUUAUGUCAAACCCACCAAUUGAUUGUAGACCUGAUAGAACCCAGAUUUUGCACUAAGUUGUACAUUUAAACAGUUCUGGGACAGUACAACAGUGCUAUUUUCUAAAAUUCUGGUAUGGACCACAAGGAUUUUGAUAAAGAAUUGUUAGAAAAGCUUUGUGCAAGGAAUUACAUGGAAUUGUUUAUUAAAGAGCUGCUACAAAAAGA